AUGAAUAAACAACAAAUUCUCUUGCUUAAUCCAGGUUUUAAAGAAUUUUCCAUUGAGCAUAGUCUUCUAUCAUCUACUCCAUAUGAACUCGUUGUUGUUUCUGAUGACACCAAUCUCUUUUCAUAUGUUUCAAAUCCACGUAUAAUUGCUAUUAUUACUACUGAUACAUCAAUUACAGCUGAAAUCAUCGAAUGUAUUUCACCUUCCUGUCGGGUGAUUACUCGUUUGGGAGUUGGCUUCGAUAAUAUUGAUAUCAAAGCAUGUUUUCAACGCAAUAUUGUCGUCUGUUAUGUACCUGACUAUGGUACAAAUGAAGUCGCUGAUCAUGCUGUUGCUCUUCUUUUUGCUGCUCAUCGUCGUUUAUCAAUGUAUCAUCGAUCGAUUGUUGAACAAAAUAUUUGGAAUCAUGAAAUAGCUGGCAAAGAUUUACAUAGUUUGAAUACACUUAAUUUAGGAAUUAUUGGUAUGGGUCGUAUCGGAUCAUGUUUUGCUAAUAAAAUGCGUCCAUUUGUCAGGAAAAUAUUUUCUUAUGAUCCGUUACUACCAUCAAAUUGCACUUCAAUGGAUGAAAUCUUUGAAGAAUGUGACAUUAUUUCACUUCACAUUCCACUUACAUCAGCUAAUCAUCAUUUAAUUUCAUUAAAUUCAAUUAACCGCAUGAAAAGACGACCAAUUUUAAUUAAUUUUAGUCGUGGUGGUCUUGUUGAUACUCAAGCAUUGAUACAAGCCUUAAAAAAUGGAAAAAUAUCUUAUGCUGCUCUUGAUGUACUUGAAAAUGAGCCAUACAUUGAUUCAGAAUUAAUCAAACUUGAUCGUAUUCAAUUAACGCCACAUGCAGCCUGGUAUACUCAAGAAUCAGCAUCUGCCUUGCGUACAAAAGCAAUUCAAGAUAUUUUACGCGUUAUGAAUGGAGAACAACCACUUUAUCCUGUACCUUUUUAA